AUGUGGAAGACUGAGAAGUCAUUCACCACGAGGGAUAUCAAUAACGGCUACUUUCUUGUAUCGUUCGAGGAUGAGAAUGAUAUGAUCAAUAUUUAUCAAGAGGGACCCUGGAUGGUUUCCGACAGGUACUUGGUGGUUCAAAGGUGGCGACUGAAUUUUGAUCCAUGGAAUGCGGAACUUCAUAAGAAAAUUGUGAUAUGGUUGAGGAUUCCACUUCUUCCUCUUGAGUUCUUCAACGCAGCCAGUUUUCAACGAAUUGGGUCCUUGAUAGGGAGAACUCUGAAGAUCGACCGUGUGACUUAUGCUAGUGAGCGCGGCAGGUUUGCACGCAUUUGUGUCGAGAUUGACUUAAACAAAAAACUAAGAUCCUCUUUUAACCUCUUUGGGACGAGAAGACGCAUCGAGUAUGAAGGGUUGCACCUUAUUUGUUUCUGCUGUGGUGUUUAUGGCUACCAUAGGGACGUUUGCCCAGAACGAGAGACCCACGUAGUCUCCAACAAUAACCAGGCUCCAAAUUCUACUCAGGAAGGUUCACAGGAGUUUAGUGCAACACAUGAGCAGACCAGAAGGUACGCUGAGUCAGAACAAGCAAGUAUCAAUGUGGAGGAUGGAACUGCUGGUGAAAAGAGACCUCGAAUGGUCAUGGAGAGCCCGACGGCGGCAAUGGGUGGUGCACAACCGCAAAAGGAAGGUCUCGGAGUUUGGAACCUCGUCCAACGUUCACGGAGACGCUUACCAGGAAACACUGAAAAAUCAGGAGGGGUAAAUCAUGUAGCAAAGAUCAUGGGGCGAUCACAUGCUAAAGAGCGAAAUCCCAAGGGAAGAGAUGUGAAUAUUGAUGAAGCGAUUUUCCAGGAGGCAAUAAAGGCGGUUGACGUGGAAGCCAUGAAAGAGAGAACCGGAUCUUUUGGCAAGGAGCUUACUAAUAAUAAAAGAUGGGUCCCGGUAACUCAGAAAAAAACGCCUAAGGGUGCAGAAGUUCUGAAAGGCAAGGAGAAUACCCUCAGGAAAAAAAGUAUAGGGGUUGGGCCUCCUCAACGUCAUACCCAAGAGGAAAGAGGCCACUUCCUUCGGUCACCAAACCCAUUCCAGUGCCUUGGUGAUGCUCAAAAUGAAGAACCCAUGGAGGAGGAAUGUGGGCUGCUUAAAGAUAACACACCUGAGACACACAGCAACGCGAGGUUGAACGUAACCAGUGACGAUUCUACAGAUAUUACUGUCGCUCACCAGAAUUGA